UACGCCAUGUGGCCACACGGUCACUCACCCACGCAGUCAACACGUUCGAAGGUCGCCCUAAUGACCGGUCAGCCGCCAGUGCGGAAGAACGCCGGCCCCACCCACCGAGCGAAUCCCGCGAGGGGCCGCUCGCGUCUGGCUUGCUCCCUCGCCGCGCCUGCCUCGACGAAAGGGGCCCCGGCACAACUCGGUGCAACCUGUUGGGGCGACGCAGCUGCCUGACCUCGGAUGCUUGGUGCACGUUUAAACGAGCCCCGAUGAACGGUGCGAAGAGCAAGCGAGGCGGUCACUCGCCCAUCGACCACUUCUUCCGUGACCGGGCUGUCUUCAUCACUGGAGGAACUGGCUUUCUGGGCAAGAUCCUUAUCGAGAAACUUCUUCGAUCAUGUGCCGGGCUGAAGACUGUCUAUGUCCUUCUGCGUGCCAAAGAUGGCGUUCAACCUAGCGACCGGCUCAAAGAGAUGUUCGAGUGCCCAGUCUUUGGCAGAGUCAGAGAGGAGAACCCGUCCGUGCUCAGUAAGGUGGUGGCUGUGGCCGGAGACAUCCUGGAGCCUGGACUAGGCCUGGGCGACGAGGACGUCGCCGAACUUGCAGAGAACGUCUCCGUUGUCUACCACUCUGCGGCUUCCGUGCGUUUCGACGAACCACUUCGCAAAGCCAUUGACAUCAACGUUUUGGGCACACGGAGAGUAGUGGAGUUGUGCCACAAACUGAAGAACGUAUCCGCCUUCGUGCACGUGUCCACAGCCUACUGCUUCUGCAACAGAAACCACGUGGAUGAAAUUGUUUACCCAGAGGAAAUACCGUACCAAAAGGUCAUCGAUGUUUCGGAAUGGCUGGAGGAAGACCUUCAAGAGAAGAUUCUGAGCCAGGUGAUGGGUGGCCGUCCGACCACGUACCACUACACCAAGGCGCUUGCAGAGAGUCUACUAGUGCACGAAGCGGCCGACUUGCCGGUUGUCAUCCUGCGCCCUUCCAUUGUCACCUGCGCCGUCAGGGAGCCCCUAUCGGGCUGGGUUGACAACUUCAAUGGACCUGCUGGCUUUAUCAUCGCCACGGGCAAGGGCGUUCUGCGUACCAUGUACCUGCGACCCAACAAUUCGGCCGACAUCUACCCGGUGGACAUGGUCGCCAACAUGAUGAUCACCGCCACGUGGCACGUGUGGAAGGAGAAACCGGCCGGGCCUUUCGUCAUCAACUGCACCUCGGGGUCUAUGCGGCGCCUCACGUGGCAGCAGAUCUUCGACUACUCGAAGCCACUGGUACUCAAGUACCCGAGCAGCGAGAUCUUCCGUUACCCGGGCGGCAGCUUCAAGACGACCCGCUUUUGGCACUCGGUCGCCGUCCAACUCGAUCACAACCUGCCCGCUUUCAUCGCAGACACGGUGGCCCGGCUCGGAGGAUACAAGCCCAUCCUGUGCGAUAUCUACAAGAGGAUUCACCGUGCCAUGGGCAUUCUCGAAUUCUUUGUCACUCACGAGUGGACCUUCAGCGUGGGCAACCUUCGACUCCUCAUGGCGAGCCUCGAAGGGCCUGAUCGCGAGACGUUCGACUUCGACAUUCGCUCCAUCGACUGGGUGGCUUACAUGGAACAGUACAUACUAGGUGUGCGUAGGUACGUGCUGAAAGAAGACCCUUCAACUAUCCCAGCCGCUCGGAGAAACCUUAUCAGCCACAGUGAAGGAAUCACACAGACAAAACCAACCUCCUGGACGGCCCUGUGUAACACCGCCUCAGAACCGGCCCAAAGGAUCUACUACAUCGGAAUGCUGGCACAGCUGCUCUUCGUCGCCGGCGUCAUCCGACUUCUGGUGAAGCACACACGCACUUUCAAUGACCUCUGGUGGAACCUUAUCUCGAAUGUUCUUCAACUGGCGGUGCGAAUCUCCAUGGCGAUGCAGUCGUUUUCAUCUCGUCACUGAACAUUCAUAUAGCACCACCGGCUGUACAUUUUGUGCUGGCUCCCUAUGCUGCUUUUAUUUUGUAUUAAAACUACCAAGAAAUUUGUUCCC